CAGCGCUCCGGGGCGGCGGGCCCGAGCGCGCUGACAGCUUCCGGUUUGGUUUCCCCGCCCCUGCGCGGCUAAAGCAGUGCGGGCUCGGCGGCGGUAGCCGUGGGGCGGCGGGGGGGCAGGGCGUGGCGAGGUGAGGUGGGUGCCCGAGCGGGGUUCCCGGAGCCAUGGCCUGCUCCAUUGUCCAGUUCUGCUACUUCCAGGACCUCCAGGCCGCCCGGGACUUCCUCUUCCCUCAUCUGCGGGAGGAGACCCCCAGCGGCGCCGUGCGGAGGGACCCCAGUAAAUCAACAAGCUGGGAAGAUGAUGGCUGGGGAGCAUGGGAAGAAACAGAACCCCAAGAACCUGAAGAAGAAGGAAAUACUUGCAAAGCACAAAAAACUUCCUGGCUGCAAGACUGUGUUUUAUCCUUAUCUCCGACCAAUGAUCUUAUGGUUAUAGCUCGAGAGCAAAAAGCUGUUUUUCUAGUGCCAAAAUGGAAAUACAGUGAUAAAGGAAAGGAAGAAAUGCAAUUUGCUGCUGGCUGGAGUGGUUCUUUAAAUGUCGAAGAAGGAGAAUAUGUAACCAGUGCUCUGUGUAUCCCACUAGCAAGCCAAAAGAGGAGUUCCACCGGGCGUCCUGACUGGACCUGCAUCGUGGUGGGCUUUACUUCAGGUUACGUACGCUUCUACACGGAGAACGGCGUGCUCCUGCUCGCACAGCUUUUGAAUGAGGACUCUGUGCUCCAGCUUAAGUGCAGGACCUAUGAAAUCCCACGGCAUCCUGGCGUGACCGAACAGAACGAAGAGUUGAGUAUCUUAUAUCCAGCUGCCAUUGUGACUAUUGAUGGAUUUAGCCUUUUUCAGUCUCUUCGUGCUUGUCGAAAUCAGGUAGCAAAAGCUGCGGCAUCAGGCAAUGAGAACAUACAGCCACCACCGUUAGCUUAUAAAAAAUGGGGUCUACAAGAUAUCGACACUAUUAUUGAUCAUGCUAGUAUUGGUAUUAUGACUCUGUCCCCGUUUGAUCAAAUGAAGACUGCUUCCAAUGUAGGUGGAUUUAAUGCAGCAAUUAAAAACAGCCCACCUGCCAUGUCUCAGUACAUCACUGUCGGGUCCAAUCCAUUCACUGGCUUCUUCUAUGCUUUAGAGGGAAGCACGCAACCAUUAUUAUCUCAUGUUGCCCUGGCUGUUGCAAGUAAGCUCACUUCGGCUUUAUUUAACGCUGCCAGUGGUUGGCUCGGUUGGAAAAGUAAGCACGAGGAAGAGGUGGUGCCCAAGCAGAAGCCGAAGGUGGAGCCCGCUGCCCCGUUAGCUGUAAGAUUUGGACUUCCAGAUUCUAGACGCCAUGGUGAAAGUAUAUGUCUGUCUCCAUGUAACACGCUGGCAGCAGUAACGGAUGAUUUUGGCAGAGUUAUUUUAUUGGAUGUAGCUAGAGGAAUCGCAAUACGCAUGUGGAAAGGGUAUCGAGAUGCACAGAUCGGUUGGAUGCAAAUCGUAGAGGACCUCCACGAAAGGGUACCGGAAAAGGCGGAUUUUUCCCCCUUUGGAAAUACUCAGGGUCCAAGUCGUGUAGCUCAGUUCCUUGUGAUCUACGCACCCAGAAGGGGAAUCUUGGAAGUGUGGGGCACACAGCAGGGGCCUAGGGUAGGAGCCUUCAACGUGGGAAAGCACUGCAGGCUUCUGUAUCCUGGCUAUAAGAUAAUGGGCUUAAAUAAUGUUACCAGUCAGAGCUGGCAGCCACAGACUUACCAGAUCUGUCUUGUUGAUCCAGUGUCUGGAAGUGUGAAAACAGUAAACGUUCCUUUCCAUUUAGCACUGAGCGACAAGAAGUGUGAGCGAGCCAAGGACAUGCACCUAGUGAAGAAACUGGCGACCCUGCUGAAAACAAAACCUCCCAAUCUCGAUUUGGUUGAAACAGAAAUAAAGGGAUUAAUUCUUGAUAUUAAGUAUCCUGCGACGAAGAAACAAGCUUUGGAAAGCAUUUUGGCAAGUGAACGUUUACCAUUUUCCUGCCUUAGAAACAUCACUCAGACUUUAAUGGACACUUUAAAAAAUCAAGAACUGGAGUCUGUGGAUGAAGGAUUGCUACAGUUUUGUGCCAAUAAACUGAAACUACUCCAUCUUUAUGAGUCUGUCAGUCAGUUAAAUUCCCUUGAUUUUCAUUCAGACACACCAUUCUCAGAUAAUGACUUGGCUGUGUUACUGAGGCUUGAUGAAAAAGAACUGCAUAAGCUCCAGGCAUUACUAGAGAAGUACAAACAGGAAAAGUCCAGAACUACUACCGUCCGAUUCUCUGAUGAUAAGGAUGGUGUGUUGCCUGUAAAAACAUUCCUGGAAUAUUUAGAAUAUGAGAAAGAUGCGAUCAACAUAAAAAAGAUGAGUGAAGAGGAGUAUGUGGCUUUAGGCAGCUUCUUUUUUUGGAAGUGUUUGCAUGGAGAAAGCUCUACUGAGGAUAUGUGUCGUACAUUGGAGUCAGCUGGACUUAGCCCUCAGCUGUUGUUGGCUCUGCUGCUAAGUGUUUGGCUUUCCAAGGAAAAAGAUAUUUUGGAUAAACCGCAGUCUGUGUGCUGUCUUCACACAAUGCUGUCCCUCCUGAGCAAGAUGAGAGUGGCCAUCGACGAGACCUGGGACUCCCAGUCUGUGUCCCCGUGGUGGCAGCAGAUGCGGACGGCUUGUGUUCAGUCUGAGAACAACGGGGCCGCCCUGCUGUCUGCACACGUCGGCCAUUCCGUUGCCGCACAGAUCUCGAACAGUCUGACCGAGAAGAAAUUUUCCCAAACAGUCUUGGGUGCUGAUUCCGAGGCCCUCACCGACUCCUGGGAGGCCCUCUCUCUUGACACCGAGUACUGGAAGCUGCUGCUGAAACAGCUGGAGGACUGUCUCAUACUUCAGACACUACUUCACAGCAGGGCAAACACGCCAACCUCCAAAGUGUCAUCGCUGCAGGCUGAGCCCCUCCCGAGGCUUUCUGUCAAAAAGUUAUUGGAAGGAGGAAAAGGUGGCAUUGCAGACAGUGUAGCCAAGUGGAUAUUUAAACAGGACUUCAGCCCUGAAGUGUUAAAACUGGCUAAUAAGGACAGAGAUGCAGAAAACCCAGAUGAACCCAAAGAAGGUAUUAGCAGAGGUUUAUAUGAGGUGCCAGAGGUGGAGACGAACCUUGGAACUAUACCAGACUUGUUGCAUUCAGCCUAUAGGCAGUUUCCCUGUAGCCUUGAGCUAGAUGUGCUCUACGCGCAUUGUUGUUGGGAGUAUGUUGUUCAAUGGAAUAAAGACCCAGAGGAAGCACGUUUUUUCGUUAGGUCAAUAGAACACUUGAAGCACAUUCUUAAUGCACAUGUUCAGAAUGGUAUUGCACUGAUGAUGUGGAAUACAUUCUUGGUUAAAAGAUUUUCUGCUGCUACAUACUUGAUGGAUAAGACGUUCCUAAGCCAUGAGCAGCGCUACAUUCAGACCCACUUUGGGCCACAGCUCCUGUCACCGGUUGGAAAAUCACCAAAGGAUAGGUUAUGCCGAAGGGAUGUGGGGAUGAGCGACACGGCAAUGACCUCUUUCCUCGGCUCCUGCUUGGAUCUUCUUCAGACUUUAAUGGAGGCUGACGUUAGCAGGGAUGAAAUGCAGGCACCUGUCCUGGAUACGGAGGACGCGUGGCUCGCCGUCGAAGGACCGAUCUCGAUCGUGGAGCUGGCCUUUGAGCAGAAACACAUCCACUACCCGCUGGUGGAGCACCAUUCCGUCCUGUGCUCCAUCCUCUUCGCCAUUAUGAGGUUUUCUCUGAAAACCGUGAAGCCGCUUUCACUCUUUGAUAGUAAGGGGAAGAAUGCAUUUUUCAAAGACCUAACUUCAAUUCAGUUAUUACCUAGUGGGGAAAUGGAUCCAAACUUUAUUUCUGUACGACAACAGUUCUUACUGAAAGUCGUGAGUGCAGCCGUCCAGGCCCAGCAUUCAGUCAUGAAGGACAGAGAGUCCUCCGAAGAGGCACCAACCACUCCUUUUGGGAAAGACCAAGAUUGGCCAGUUCUGGCCGUGGAUUUGGCUCAUCACCUUCAAGUUAGUGAAGAUGUUGUUCGAAGGCAUUAUGUGGGGGAACUCUACAACUAUGGAGUUGACCACUUAGGAGAAGAGGCCAUCCUCCAGGUUCAGGACAAAGAGGUCCUCGCCUCUCAGCUGCUGGUGUUAACAGGGCAGAGACUGGCGCACGCGCUUCUCCGCACCCAGACGAAAGAAGGCAUGGAGCUGCUGGCCCGACUCCCGCCCACGCUCUGUACCUGGCUGAAAGCGAUGAACCCCCAGGAUCUUCAAAACACAGAAGUGCCAAUCGCAACAACAGCUAAACUAGUACAUAAAGUAAUCGAGCUGCUGCCGGAAAACCACGGGCAGUACAGUUUAGCCUUACACCUCAUUGAAGCUGUGGAAGCCAUAUCGAGUCCUUCUUUAUGACACUCAGCCAGUUGUGAACCGUCUGCAGUUGUGAACCACAUGAAUUAGUGCAUGGUAAUUUUACAUAGUAAGAUCUGGAAUUUUAUGGAGGGAGUAUAUCUUUUUUCUUUUGUAAAAUAAAAACACAUACUACUUUUAAAAGUGCAGUUCUGGCUAAAUCCACUCCUUUCGUUAAUAUUGAAGAUAAAAUAUAAACAAGUAUCAAUGAUACCAUUAAUUACUAACAGGUGUUUUACUGUUUAUUUCUAAUUUAAGCACUUUAAGUAGCUUUAUUGGUAAACUUUGCUAUUUCAAAUGGGUUAUAAUUUACAGAUUAUGUUAUUAUCAGAGUCUAUAUUUUGUACUUGAAAUGUUAUUGUAAUUAAAUUUAAACGUGUUCAUGUGUAGUCCCCGUGAGUAAAAUGAGGGAAACGACCCACUCGCUUUUGUCAGCAUGCUCCAGUCCCACACCCGGGCCGCCGCCUGGAGUCAGGACGCGGACAGGCUCUUUCCCAGAGGUUAUGCUGCCGCCACCGGAGGAUGACCUUGCUUUGGAGGAAGAACGGGUUCGAGAUCAUCACAUUCAUCAGAAGGGACGCUGAACAGAACCUUAACCUGCUGUGCUUGCCAACUUGAGAAUCCGCGACGCAGGCACACAGCAAAGUUAAUUACGGUGUAAGCUGAGAUUUCCCUUUGCCAAGAUUCAAAGUUGUAUCCACAUCAGGUGAUUGUAAAACUGUACUAUCUUGUAAAAUUUAUGUUUUAAAAAAAGGGCAACGAUGCUAAAAAUUUAAGUCCCACUGUAUUUUUCCUACCAGUGUUUAGAAACGUCUGCUUCUGGGAUAUGGUAAUGUUAUCUGUUCUUGGGAACAGCCCAGAAAAGGCUCGGUGAUAAUUACGGCUCCGCAAACCUACCUCACAGCUGGGUGGAGAGAAUAAGAGGAUCUUGUACCCUAGAGUGCCUGUGCAGUCCAAGUGCUGAAUAAUUACUUGAGUGAAACCAGAUUAACCAAAACUCUGUAAAAGCUCCACAAAUACCAAGUAUAACGGUAUAUUUUUGGAAUGUAGCCAUAUAGUGCAAUUACUGACCUCUGUCAUGGAUCACAGGUGUUAUUCAUAGUAACUCAUUGUGAUACAGAAGUUUGUUUCGUACUUGUGAGAAGCCAACUUUAGCGAUUGGAGAAUUGAGGAGCAUGCCCCUCAAGGACUAAAGAAAAAAGUCUUAUGUCUGAGGAUCCUCAGAGGAUAUCCUAAUUCUUUUUAACUAAAAGAUAACACCCGAAUACGAACUGAACAGUCUAAGACUUAAUAAUUACUGUCUAACUUAAAAGUCUUGAAAGAUAAAGUUGGAAGACGUCUCGACUAUUUGGGUGAGGGCCUGUAAGCCUGGUCGAAGGUCCUGCUGUACCGUGGCAGCACUGAGAAGGACUGAAAGCUAGCCCCACGUCUCAGCCUCUGCUUGGAUCUCCGCUGCCCCAUCCAGACCCAUUUGUGUGAUUUCUUGUGAACCUACCUAGCUUUAUGUAGUCACUUGUUAUAUGCAUCCCAAAAGCUUAGUCUGAAAGUAGUUAUGAAUUUUGGGGGCUGGUCAAAGAAACUUUAAAUCCUCACUUUGAUCCAAGUGUCAUUUCUGGGGGAAGGGGUACCUAAUGAGCAUUUUAGAGAAUAAACCUGGUUAGACUAAUUCUGGUAGGACUCAUAAUCAAAUUUGGGGAUUGUUGAGAGUAAUAAGCUAAAAUAUGGCUCCUAGAACUGUAACCAAUCGCUGAAUUACAAAUCUCUCUCGUUACAUUUGUGAUCCUAAAGUGGACCAUUCACAGAAUUUUAAAAUUGAAUUACAUGCUUAAUUCAUGGUUACAUGGUUAAGAAAAGCAGCUAGGGGCGCCUGGGUGGCUCCGUCGGUUGAGCGUCCGACUUCGGCUCAGGUCGUGAUCUCACGGUCUGUGAGUUCGAGCCCCGCGUCGGGCUCUGUGCGGACAGCUCAGAGCCUGGAGCCUGCUUCCGAUUCUGUGUCUCCCUCUCUCUCUGACCCUCCCCUGUUCAUGUUCUGUCUCUCUCUCUCUUUCUCAAAAAUAAAUAAACAUUAAAAAAAAAAUUAAAAAAAAAAGAAAAGCAGCUAAAUAUUUAUUACCUGUUAGCCACAAAUAAAGGAAUUAAACUGUAUGUAGAAUAAUGGGUGGUUUCUGGAACAAAGGUCAGCUGCACUUAGUGAUGGGAAGCCAAGAACCAGUCGUGUUUUCUUAGUUAGAACUGCCACCCCCCUCUCUUCACUAACAUUAAAUAGGCAUUCUGUCCCUUGUUAAGUCCCACUAUAUAAUGCUGAAGGAAAACAGGAGUGUUCAAAUCGUCAUAACUUCUACAUUACAGGUUGCGUUUAGAUGUAGACCUAGAAGAGCCAGGACAAACCAGGUGGGGAAGAACAUAACACUGACCUUCUAAAAGCUUCUUGCAUACUAUUGCAAAAAUAAGAAAGGAAGUUUCACCUUUGUUAUAAAAACUCAUCUAAGGUCAAAGUAAGCACUGUUACAUUGUCUUCUUUAAAAAAAAAUGGUUACAAUUUAAAAUCAAAGGAAAGAUUUAAUAAUAUGAAGCUUAUGUGGAAUGUACCAUUCACUUACAAGUUGCUGUGGCUCCUUCAUUUAUGAGAGACAAAUCUUUUUAAAGGAUGCCAUAGCAACAGUGAAAGCCCUUUAUCACACUGACAGGAAUGAGUUUGUUGGGCUUCUAAAAGUUAGAUUUCUGCUGACAGAAUUAGCCAUCCCUCGCAAGGUUUUAAUCCAGUACUGAAUUGUUUAUAAAACGCUCUUCUCUAAUGUAGUGUAAGUAGUGACCCUCUGUAUAUACUUCCAUUUUCUGUGUCUGUUCCUUGUUGUGAACUUACGUAUGUUAGUGAAAUAAAUUUUCAGCUUUCAUGUUUCAACAUUC